UGAAGUCGUUUGACUCUUUGAAUGCGUAGUAAGAUCGUCAACUUCUAUGAGAUUGUAACAUGGAUGAAGAUAAAAGUAAUCUGCAAUGUGGAUUCGGAAAAUGGAGACCUAAAUGGCUUCAACAUUUUGCUAAACCCAGUGCUUUUUUGAUUUCGUUUUCUCUUUUGGGUAUUGUACAAGGUGCAUAUUAUGCUUAUUUAAUUGGUGUGAUAUCAACUAUCGAGAAAAGAUAUUCGUUCAACAGUAAAGCUACCGGAUUGAUACUCACAAUGGAUAAUGUCACUCCUAUUUUAACCAGUAUUAUCAUUGGUUACUACGGUAGGAAUAUCAACAGACCAAAAUGGAUCGGCCUGGGAAUGCUGAUUGUGGUUAUAAGUUGUUUUUUAUCUUGUUUACCUUAUUUUAUUUAUGGACCAGCUUUUGAUCUGUUCUCCAACACAACCAGUCUUGAAAAAGAAAAUGAAUUAUGCGAAACAAGAUCAAAAGAAAAAUACUGUGACGAUGAUAAAUCGAUUACUAUCCCAGCUCUUACCUGUUUUGCUUUAGCUAGCCUAUUGAAAGGAUUUGGAAGCACAGCAUAUUAUACGAUUGGUAUACCCUACAUGGAUGAUAAUAUCAAGAAAAAACAAUCUGCUUUGUAUCUUGGUAUAUGUUAUGCGUUGAGACUUCUAGGUCCAACAUUUGGAUUUGUAUUAUCUGCGGUAUGUCUACGAUACUACGAAUAUCCUGCGUAUACUCCAAGUUUCCCAAAAGAAGAUCCGAGAUGGAUUGGAGCAUGGUGGCUAGGAUUUCUUAUCUUGGGAAUUGCCAUGAUAAUAACAACUAUACCCAUGUUCUUCUUUCCAGCUGCUUUGACUAAAGCACAAACCAAAAGAAUUGAAGAAGGAAAAGAAAAUUCAGAAAAUCAAACAAAUGUAUUAAACAUUAAAGAUAUUUUAAUUUCAUCGUUACGUAUACUUCGUAAUCCGGUUAUAUUUUGGUAUAUGAUGAGUGAUAUCAUUAUUGGAAAUGGAUGGCUUGGACAUUAUAUAUUCCUUCCUAAAUAUUUUGAAUCACAAUUUGGACAGUCGGCUGCAGAUGCAAAUUUAUUAACUGGUCCAGUUGCAUUGAUCAGCAUUCAAGUUGGUUUGAUUUCUGGUGGCAUAAUUAUUCGAAAAUUUAAACCAAAACCGCAUUAUAUAGCAUUUUCUGUAAUGAUUAAUGAUAUAAUUUCUGCACUUCUCAUAUUUUCUUUUAUGAUGAUGGGUUGUCCUCAGAUAUUAAUGUUGGGAACAGAAAAUCGAAACGGAGAAUUAAUUCUUGAAAACAGUUGCAAUUCAAACUGUGAUUGUACACUGGCAACAUUUCAACCCGUAUGUGGUACAGAUAGUCAAUCAUCAUAUUUCUCUCCCUGUUUUGCCGGUUGUUCGGAAUCUAAUGACACCCUUUAUAGUAAUUGUCAGUGUGUACACGACGAGAAGCAAAAUUUCAUUAUAUCGACUGCAACUUCAGAAUAUUGUAAACAGAAUUGUCAAAAGAUUAUAUCAUAUAUUGUAACGUUCGCUUUUCUCUGUGUCAUUUCAUCAGUUAAUUCAGUUGGCUUCUCUUUAUUACUUUUCCGUGCUAUAGAUCCUAAAGAUAAAAGUUUGGCUCUUGGACUCGGUGAAGCUAUAUUGAGUAUCUUUGUAUUUAUACCUAAUCCAAUAAUAUACGGUGCUAUCACUGAUUCUGCAUGCAUGGUCUGGGAAGAAAAAUGCGGAAAAACAGGAAACUGUUGGAUAUACGAUUCUAAUAAAUUCAGAUAUUAUUUACAUGGUUCAACGGGUGGACUACUAUUAAUAGGAACAAUCUGCGAUUUUUUUAUUGCUUAUCAUAGUAGAAAAAUCAAAAACUUUUACGAUGAUGAAGAAGAUGAAGCGGGAGAGAAAUCCAGGAAGUCCAGUACUGCCAGAGAAACUUAUUCCAAUGUUUCUUUAAAAAAGAAGUUUUAACAUUGUUAAUUAUCAUUUAUCAAAAAAACAUUUUCGUAAUUUACAUCAGAAGAUUAAAAAUAUUCAGAUAUAAUGUUAAUAUGUUUCUAUUACUGAUAUAUUGAUGUAUAUUUUUGUAAUUGCAUAUUGUGUUUAUUAGAAAUUUUUCAAUGGA